UACACUUACCAAGAGUGCCACACCACAGCUCGCUGGCUGAGCAGUUUUCAAGCCUUGAGGUACCGUUUCAAACUUAAACUAAAACCAAGGCAGAAUAAUGUCGGAUAUCGGAUCUUAUGAUUUUGACAACGAACAUAGAAAAUUUGGGGAGUAUGAAGGUGGAAGAAAUGAGGCUGGAGGGAGAUACACGAAAGCUGUUCUGCCCAAUGGAGACAUUUACGAGGGGCAGUGUGAGAAUGGAGAAAGACACGGACAGGGGACAUAUCGCUUCAGUAAUGGUGCAAGAUAUGUGGGAGACUAUUUCCACAACUUGAAACAUGGACAGGGCACUUUCUACUAUCCAGAUGGGUCCAGAUAUGAAGGGUCAUGGGGGGAAGACCUGAGACAAGGCCAUGGCGUUUACACCUACCUCAACGGAGACAUAUACGAUGGAGAAUGGCAGCUCAACGAGAGGCACGGUCAGGGUGUGUACCAUUACCAUGAAACCGGAUUAAAGUACAAGGGAACAUGGUUGAACGGCAGUAUGGAGUCAGCUGGAGAGUAUAUCUACUCUAAGUACAGAUACAAGGGCAACUUUGUCAACAACAAACCUCAGGGGCCGGGGAAGUUUAUAUUUGACAACGGCUGUGAGCAACAUGGAGAAUACCACAGAGUAGAGCAGGAUGAUGCUGAAGAUGUGUUGGAUAAUCUGGACUACACUCCCGUCCUCAGAUGGAUUCCCAAGGGCAUCGUCAACCUGACGACAUCAACAACUGUAAAAAAGACCUAAGCUGCAGAAAUAGAGACAGCUUCAGCAGCUGAUGAUGCAGGAAGCUAAACGGUGUCAUCAGCCCACGAUUCUGCAUCCUUCAUCUUUUAUUUAUUAGUCUUAAUAACCUGUAUUUAGUAAUAAAUGUAUUAAAACAAUUUGUUAAGCUUCCAGAGUGAUGCUUUUAGUGAAGAAGGACAGUUUGUCUCCUGUAAUGUGUGAUAACUAGUGUAAAGCAGAUACUGCCCCUCUGUAAAACAGCACCAAAUUAGUAAAAAGAGGAACUGAGCCACUAACAUCCAUCAGAAUAAACCUCCAAAUGAAAUGAAAACUAAGUCCCUUUUAUUAGUUUAGGUUAUUCUGCUGCAGUUGUUUAUUUAUUUAGAUGUUUUGUUGACACAGAACCUGAAAUCACUGCUCUAAUAAAACACCCUUUUCUAUUCUGUGUGAACAACCAGGAUGCAUCUUUUUAUACAACUCAAUGACACAAUCCCUCCAGAACCCUUACAUAACACUGGUCCAGUGCUGUAUUUCAUGCUGUGUUUCAAUAAAGUUUUGGUGAUCUUCUGUAGAAG